AUGCUCCUCUCCAACACCACAGACUCUCGAGCUGAAGGAGUCCCCCUCUCGGUGGACUUCGACAGCCCGCAGGAUUUUUUCAUCUUUAUUUUCCAGGUUUCUUUCGCCUCGAGCGCCGUCCUCGUGGCCGGACCCGUGGCCAUUACCAUUCUGUCCACCCGAGCGCUGCGCCUCCAGAACAGGUUCAUUUUCAUGCUGAACACCAGUAUUUGUGACACGCUGGUCGGGUUCUCGGUGUAUUAUCUUGGUCUGUUUGAUGUUCAGGAGGGCUAUCCGUCUAGAAAUGGCACUUAUAAUGUUUUACCGUCACUUUUAGGGGUCAAUAUACUGACGUUCAUGUUCGCGCAGUUUGACCGGUACGUCGCCGUUUGUCACCCGUUCAUCUACACGCGCUUCAUCACGCGACGGGUGGUCAUCUCUGCCAACGUCUACUGCUGGCUUCACGUCUUCUCUCAGCUCAUCAUUUUGAACAUUUUGCCACUUUCUAAAUCGAUACAAAUGUACGUUGUCAGUAUUGUCAGCUUUCAGGCCAUUGUGCUCACCAAAGUGGUCAUGACCAUCAAACUGUAUGUUGUCGCCAGGUACCAGCUGGAGAGAGACCCUCCCAGCGCCGAGAGGGAAAGCAACAAGGAGUCGUUAAGAAUCAUCAUUUUCGUUGUCAUCAGCUUCUUGGUGUUGUGGUGCCCCUCUUUUGUUAAUAUCGCCCUCAGGUUGCUGAUGGGAGGGGGGGUGGUAUUUAGAAACGAGGCCACCAAUCUUUUCGCCAUCAUGGCUCGUUUAAACGCUGUGUUCACAUCGGCGGUGUACAUGUGGGGGAGUCCGACUCUGAGGGAGGCCAUGGUAAAGGCGGUGUGGGGCAGAGUGUGUCCGAGGUGCAGGAGGAGGUAA